AUGUACGAAAAAAGUAUUUACUACUACUUUCACUACUUUCAGAUAUUCUCUGAAAAUCAUUCCAAACAAUUUCAAAUCCAUUCUGAUUUACUCACGGUUGAGAUUCUAUUUAUGUUACUGAAUUAUUAUAUUCGACAUCGCCUUACACAGGAAGCUUUGGAAGAUUUGUUGCGGAUGAUGAAUAUAAUUACAGGCACUAAAACUUUCCCAGAAUCAUUUCAAACUUUUUCAAGUUUAUUCGAUGCGUAUUCGUGUACACCAGUCAGAAUCUAUUUCUGCAUCAAUUGUCAAUAUGAUUAUGGCGCUAAUCAGCCGGAAUCAGCUGUAACAUGUCCUAUCUGUGAAUCUCCUGAAAAUGAUUUUUUUCUUAUUACUUCAAUUGAACCUCAAUUAAGGGAAACAUUUGAAAAAUAUCAACUUGAAAUCGAACAAUACACAAAGGUCAUCGAUCGUGAUGGAAUCGCUGAUGUGAACCGUGGAAUGAUUGCGCGUCGUUUAUUGCAGAAUGAACCAGGAAAAUACCUUACGUUAAGUAUUAAUACCGAUGGAGCCGCACCCUUCCGAUCUACUACCAGGAAACCUCUGUAUCCUAUUUUCGUUACGUUGAACAAUUUGCCUCCAGCAAUUCGGUUCCAAAAGAACAAUCUAAUGGUGGCAGGUUUGUGGUUGUCCAAAGGAGAGCCUAACCCAAAUUUAUUAUUCAAAUAUCUUUGCAUUGAGCUGCGAAAACUGCAAGAAGGAAUACUAAUUGGAGGCGAAAGAUACAAAGUUGUUCUUUUACAAAACUGUUUAGAUUCAGUAGCUCGUUGUAAAGUGCAGUGCAGCAAGCAAUUUAAUGGAGAGCAUGGUUGCACUUUGUGUCUUCACCCAGGAGAAACUAGAAGCACCCGCAAUGGACGAUGUUACCCUCAAAAGGCUUCGAAAAUGCGUGAAAACAUAAUCACUCGAAAACAAAUGGAUGAAGUUAAUAGCACAGGACAGGAAUCAUAUGGAAUCAUGGGGAAAUCCGUGUUUACGUAUAUUGAGAAUUUUGACAUCAUAGCAGGAUAUCCAGUUGAUUACAUGCACGCCGUGGAUUUGGGGAUCCCAAUCUAG